AUGGCAGGCGACCCAAGAGCAUUGAUGCGACAGGCAGAAACAUCACUGCAGAAGGCGUCUGGAGGCUUUAGUUUCUUUGGAGGAAAGCAAGACAAGUACGAGGCAGCUGCAGAGCAGUUCAUCGCCGCAGCAAAUGCGUUCCGGAUGCAAAAGAUGGGCAAGGAGGCCGGUGAGGCCUUUGAGAAAGCAGCAUCAGUUCAACGCCAACACCUGAACGAGCCGGAUGACGAGGCAAACACUCUUACAGAUGCCUUUAAGGCCUACCGAAAAGAUGACCCGGAAGCAGCAGCAAGGUGUCUAGACAAGGCCAUCGCACACUACUGCAGCAAGGGCAACUUCCGCCGUGCCGCCACUCACAAGCAGAACCUCGGCGAGCUCUACGAAGUCGAGCUCGGCGACAAAAUGCGUGCAGCAGCAGCCUACGAAGAGGCCGCUGGCUGGUACGAAAGCGACAAUGCCGAAGCACUUGCUAACAAGCUCUGGCUCAAAACGGCUGACCUUAUCGCCUUGGAGGGCAAAGACUACUACAAGGCGAUUGAGCUCUAUGAGAAGGUGGCAAAGGCAUCUAUUGCUAACAACCUCAUGCGCUGGUCGGUCAAGGAGUACCUCCUCAAAGCCGGUAUCUGCCAGCUUUGCACAGGCGACCAGGUCGGUGUCAACGCUGCGCUUGAGCGAUACAGGGAGCUCGACCCCAGCUUCCAGCAGCAGAGGGAGCAUGCGCUGCUUGUUGAUCUUGCGGCUGCCGUGCAGGAUGGCGACCAGGAAAUGUUUGCCGACAAGCUAUUCCAAUUCGACCAGCUGAGUAAGCUGGACAAGUGGAAGACUACGCUCCUUUUGCGGAUCAAGAACACGAUUGAGGAGGGUGGCGAGGACUUCUCGUAG